CAAUAAUUCCGUGCACACAACGGCUGCCCUCCAUAUUGGACUUAAAAGUGUUGUGUUUAGCGCAAAUCAAGUGUUGUUUUUUUUUCACCAGUGCUCGUUGUGUUUAUGCAGGACUUGCUGGAGAGGAUCUUCAGGUUAUUUGACGUGGACAGAAAGGAGUACCUGGUGCAGGACGACUGGCUCGAGUUCCUCAAGCAGCGUCUCACCGAUGACAAGCAGCUGGACUUCGUGGAGCAGGUGGAGAGCGUGGCGUACGUGGUGUGCGGCCACGGGCACGUCACGCCGCGGACCUUCCGCACCGUGCUGCAGAACAAAGUGGUAACAAACAAGCUACUGAAAGUUGUGGACGCGGACGGCGACGGUUACGUGACUGCGGACGAGAUCAUGGAGUUUCUGUCGGCCGUCACCAGCAGCAGACCUCGGGCAGGAUUCGACAAGAACAGCGUGGACCGGCUCGAGCAGCUGUUCCGGCAGACCGUCGGCGACCAAAAGGAGAUCACCAAGGAGCAGUUCCGCAAUAUCGUAGACUCCAAAAACUCAUUCUUCACGGAGCGCGUGUUCCAAAUCUUCGACGAGGACAACUCGGGCGCCAUCUCGCUGCAGGAGUUCAUCGCGGCCGCGCACCGCUUCGCCGGCCACUCGCCCGACGACAAGAUGCGCUUCCUCUUCGAGGUCUACGAUAUGGAUGGCGACGGGCUAAUCCAACAGCGCGAGCUGCAGCACGUGAUGUGGGCGUGCAUGGAGGAGAACGGCAUGCAGUUCAGCGAUGAGCAGCUGCAGCAGCUGACGCGCGCCAUGUUCGAAGACGCGGACACCGAGCAGCGCGGCGCCAUCACCUACGAGGCGCUGCGGCAUCAGCUCACCAAGCACGACGGGCUCCUCGAGAACCUCUCCAUCAGUAUAGAUCGGUGGCUGAUACCGCCAAAACCAGAGCCAGAAAGGAUAUCUGUAAGGCAGCGGCUGCAGAAGCUGAAGCCUUACCAGCUGUCGCUGCCGUACUUCAAGAACAACUACGUGUUCCUUAUUUAUCUGUUGCUGUUCACGCUCGUCAAUGUCGGCCUCUUCGUCAGCAGGCUGCAGGAGUACUGGUCCGCCGGCGUCUUCACGAUGCUAGCUCGGGCUUGCGGCCAGUGCCUGAACUUCAACUGCGCGUGGGUGUUGGUGCUGAUGCUGCGGCGCUGCAUGACGCAGCUGCGCGUGCGCGGCGCGGGCGCGCUGCUGCCGCUCGACCACCACAUCUACCUGCACAAGCUCACCGGCGUGCUCAUCUUGCUCUACAGCCUUCUACACACAGCCAUGCACCUGUGUAAUUUCAGUUUAAUAGUAGUUAAUGACCCAAAUAUAAACGCAAAGAACUUCACUCUGUAUGAAUGGUUGCUGACUGAGCGUCCAGGCAGGUUUGGGCUGGUGGCAGGUUGCGCCAACCCAACCGGCUUCGCUCUACUGGUCAUCCUCCUCGUCAUGUAUGUGUGCAGUCAGCCCUUCAUACGACGCGGAGGCAGUUUCGAGGUAUUUUACUGGACUCACUUGCUGUACGUACCGUUCUGGCUGCUGUUGAUAUUCCACGGGCCCAACUUUUGGAAGUGGUUUGUGGUGCCUGGCACGAUAUACGUCGCAGAGAGGAUCAUUCGGCUCGCUUGGUUAAAAUCAGAGCGCGGCAACACCUACAUAUCUUCCGGUAUACUGCUGCCGUCGCGGGUGACACACCUAGUGGUGAAGAGGCCGCCCCUUUUUGACUUCCACGCCGGCGAUUAUGUGUUUGUUAAUAUACCAGCUAUCGCAAAAUACGAGUGGCACCCGUUCACCAUCAGCAGCGCGCCUGAUCAACCAGACUAUAUCUGGCUGCACAUCCGCGGUGUGGGCGAGUGGACCAACCGCCUGUACUCGUAUUUCGAGCGUGAGCACGCGCGCCUUCAUGCGCCGCCGCCCGCCGCCGUCGCGCCCGCCGACCGCAACCACAGCCCGCUACGGCGCAGCAUGUCGGGCGCUAGCAGACGUAGCAAGCGCGGGAGCACCACCAGCAGCGACAAGAAGCGCUCCGUCGACUUUGCGCCGCUCGGACACACCAACGACGCCUUUGAAGGCGACACCGACACCGCUAAAGGGGAAAUUAAAAAAACGCUGGCACCAGUCACGGGCGGCUUCCGCGGCUCGUCGUUGCUGACGCCGCUGCGCUUCCACAAGACGCACUCGAUGCCCGACGUGUACAACAACUCCGCCUAUAAACAACGACAAAUUGCGCUCCGCGACUACAUGCGCUCGGAGUCGGAGAGCCGGCUGGAGCCGUGCGAGGUGCAGCGCGCGCACGGCGCGGCCUCGCGCGGCGCGCCGCACAACCGCGCGCUCGCGCACAGCUUCCGCUACAUGCGCCACAAGCCCGCCGUCGUCGCCUUCAAGACGCCCAGCUACGAGCACUGCGAGCGCCGCCGCAGCAACGACAGCAUACUCACGCUCGCUAGAAGACGCCUUUCGAAGAGUCUGUCUCCUGAUAAAGACAUAGAGGCGGAGAAGCCGUCUCCGGAGGUCGACGGCCCUACUCAGACGAUAGAUGAAGAAUUUGCCGACUAUCCUAUCGGAAAACCUUUGGAAAUCUACCUGGACGGGCCGUACGGCGCGGCGUCAUCGCACAUCUUCCGGGCGCAGCACGCGGCGCUGGUGGCGGCCGGCAUCGGCGUGACGCCGUUCGCGUCCAUCCUGCAGGCCAUCAUGUACCGCUACUGGAGCGCGCGCCGCGUCUGCCCGCGCUGCAGCCACCGCUGGGCCGACGACCUGCCGCACCACAACAUGAACCUCAACAAGGUGGACUUUUUCUGGAUAAACCGCGAGCAGCGGUCGUUCGAGUGGUUCGUGUCGCUGCUGUCACAACUGGAAAUGGAGCAGGCGGAGCAGGGCGGCGCCGAGCGCUUCCUCGACAUGCACAUGUACAUCACGUCCGCGCUACAGCGCACCGACAUGAAGGCCGUCGGCCUGCAGCUCGCACUCGACCUGCUGCACGAGAAGGAGAAACGUGACCUGAUUACGGGGUUGAAAACGCGCACGAACGCGGGCCGGCCCAACUGGGACAAGGUGUUCAAGCAGCUGCAGGAGCAGCGCAAGGGCAAGGUGACGGUGUUCUACUGCGGGCCGCCGCAGCUGGCGCGCGCGCUGCGCCUCAAGUGCGACCAGUUCGGCUUCCACUUCCGCAAGGAGGUCUUCUGACCGCCUCCCCACCGCACCGCCGUCGAGCACGCCCGUCCGUCACACUCCACGUAUCCCCUUGCCGUCGAAAUGGAACACAUAGAAAUGCUACGCCCGCAGAUUACCUAUAGCUAUUAUAUGUGUGCUGGCUCACUGGCUCCGCGCACAUCGAAAAGUUUUCAGUAAUUCAUUAAAAUAUAUAUUAAAAUGAUCAGAAUGUCAUUUUUGACAAUAAUUAUUUAUAACCUACUACAGACCGUGGCUACGCCCGGGCAAUAUCAUUUUAAUAGUUUAGCCACCAUUGUGUAACAUAAACCAUCAACAAACCCACGAGCGUGUGAUUUCAUGUAAUUUCCAUAAUUAGGCCCUACUAAUACACCAUGCAUGUACAUAUUUAUUAUCAUAAAAAAAAAUGUUUCUGAAAGUGGGUAAUGUAAUCCGGUUCAUUUAUGUAUAAUUGUCAAAUUGUCCAAAAAAUGAUUGUAUAUGUAAAUAAUUUAAUAUUGUUACAUUUAAAUAAAUUACAUAUGUACA